CGCUCCUCUACCUGUCUCCGCCUCCAGUUUAUUGGUCUCCUUCUCUCGCCGGGAUCCAGAACCCUAAUUUUUGAAAAGCGGAGGAGCGAAGAUGAGAGAGAUCCUUCACAUGCAGGGUGGGCAGUGCGGGAACCAGAUCGGGGCCAAGUUUUGGGAGGUAAUCUGCGACGAGCACGGCAUCGACGGCACUGGGAAGUACACCGGCGAUUCGGACCUACAGCUCGAGAGGAUCAACGUCUAUUACAAUGAGGCCAGCGGUGGGCGCUACGUCCCUCGCGCGGUGCUCAUGGAUCUUGAGCCCGGAACUAUGGAUUCCGUCCGAUCUGGGUCCUUUGGCCAGGUUUUUAGACCGGAUAACUUCGUCUUCGGCCAGUCCGGUGCUGGUAACAAUUGGGCCAAAGGGCAUUACACGGAGGGUGCUGAGCUCAUUGACUCGGUGCUUGAUGUGGUCAGGAAGGAGGCAGAGAACUGCGACUGCUUGCAGGGGUUCCAAGUGUGCCAUUCUUUGGGAGGAGGUACUGGGUCAGGCAUGGGGACCCUUCUUAUCUCAAAGAUCAGGGAGGAAUAUCCAGAUAGAAUGAUGCUUACCUUCUCAGUGUUCCCCUCUCCCAAGGUGUCUGAUGCUACCAUUUACCACCUCGCCGAGAAGAAAAUUCCCUCUAUCCAUGGAUCCACUGUUGGGUUUAAGCUAGAGCAUUUCAUCUUUGAUGCAUUUGCAUAUGCUCCAUCUAUGGCACUUUUUGAGAUUUUGAGGGAGGAGGAAUUUGCACCAGUUAAGAAUGCAAACGGGGCAAGCUAUGACACUCCUGACAGUGCCAAACUGAUGCUUCUUCGCCUCCACAGUCGCUGGGUAGUCGCUGCUGGAGGAUUCCUAACACAUUCGGUGCCUCUGUACUUGACUGGCGUUGAAAUCUCUCCACUUUGCUCCUAUGACGGGGAGAACCUCGAAGCCAUAUGCCAUGGAAGGGCAUUCCACGCACCUUGUGAGAUCACCUACUAGGCAUGAGACUGCACUCUACAUUCCACUUUGCUCCUUGGAUUUUUUAAAAUUUUUUUUUUUUUUGUGUUUAUUUGUUUUGAAAGUUGUGUGAUUGAUUAUCACAUGGAAUGUUGAGGCGUGUCUAUUUUCUUUAGCCGUCCCAUUAACAAUAUGCUCAUCUUUUA